AUGCCUUCCAGUAAAACUCUUAUGGUAGCUGCAGGUGUCGGUGUGGCAUGUUUUGUUGGCUACUGUAUUUAUUUCGAUAGAAAAAGACGAAAUGAUCCGCUGUAUAGGCAAAAAGUCAAGCAAAACAGAGAGAAACAAAAGAAGUUGAAGGCGGCUGAAGAUAAAGAAGCGUCCAAGUUCCCCGAUUUUAGAGAUCCUGAGGCAAUGCAACAAUUUUUAAUUAGAGAAAUUAGCCUUGGAGAAGAAUUGGUUAGAUCAGGCGAUAAUCAAUCUGCUGUAAAACAUUUCAUUAAUGCCCUUUCCGUAUGUGGCCAACCUCAGCAGAUGCUUCGCAUGUUUCAACAGGCUCUACCACCAGAAGUUAUUCAAAUGAUAAUUGAGGAAUUACCUAAAUUGGCAAAGGAAGGAUAUCCUCAAUCCCCUGGAUCGGAAACUGAAGGAAUUGAUUAA